CCACCAAACCGAGCGGAGGAGGCAGGCAGAGGCAGGGGAUCGCCAAUGGAGCCGGGAUCUCGUCUUGACCCAGCAGCUCCUGCCAGUUGAUUUUCGUCGGUGCCAUCUCUGCCGGACUCGGUCCGCCUCCAUCGAGUUUCAGCUCGAGCCUGGGGGCGCUCCUGCACUGCGAUGAGAGGAUGACCCCCGCGCAGGAUCCCUUCUACAUCGUCAAGGACGAGAUCCAGGACUCGAUUGAUAAAGUGCAAGAUACUUUCCUCCAAUGGAAGCAGACACCUGAAAAUACUGGAGAGUAUGUGCAUCUGACCAAAGAACUACUAACCAGCUGCGAAAGUAUCCAGUGGCAGGUGGAUGAACUGGAGAAGGCAAUUUCAGUUGCUCAGAGAGAUCCAGCAUACUACGGACUUAAUGAGGCUGAAAUUGGGAGAAGAAGGAGCUGGACUAGCACUGCACGUAACCAGGUUCUUGCUUUAAAGCGAAAUGUUGAAGGUGGAAGACAGAAGAGUGUCUUUGGACGUUCAACCAAUCCUUCUGAAUCAAUCAGAUCCAAGAAGAAUAUUGUACAAGACAAUGAUGAAUUCAUUGCUUCAGAAUCUGAUCAGCAGAUUCUCCUGAUAAAGCGACAAGAUGAGGAGUUGGAUGCUCUUAGUGCUAGUGUACAGCGAAUUGGAGGUGUAGGUCUCACUAUUCAUGAUGAGCUUGUUGGGCAGGAGAAGCUUCUGGGCGAGCUUAGCCUCGAUAUGGAAACUACUACAAAUCGGCUUGACUUUGUGCAGAAAAGAGUGGCUAUGGUCAUGAAGAAAGCCAGCUGGAAAGGGCAGAUCAUGAUGAUCGCGUUCCUUGUUAUUCUUUUCAUCAUUCUUUUCGUUUUGGAGCAGGAGGCGAGGAUGUCUCACCGCAAGUUCGAGCACCCGAGGCACGGCUCCCUCGGCUUCCUCCCCAGGAAGCGGUCCUCCCGCCACCGCGGCAAGGUGAAGUCAUUCCCCAGGGAUGACCCCAAGAAGGCUUGCCACCUCACCGCCUUCCUUGGCUACAAGGCUGGCAUGACUCACAUUGUGCGUGAGGUCGAGAAGCCUGGAUCCAAACUACACAAGAAGGAAACGUGUGAGGCUGUUACCAUCAUUGAAACCCCUCCUCUGGUCAUUGUUGGGCUUGUGGCAUAUGUGAAGACUCCUCGCGGCCUCCGCACACUCAACACUGUUUGGGCUCAGCAUCUUAGCGAAGAAGUUAGGAGAAGGUUCUACAAGAACUGGUGCAAGAGCAAGAAGAAGGCUUUCUCCAAGUAUGCUCUCAAGUAUGACAAUGAUGCUGGCAAGAAGGAAAUUCAGCUGCAGCUUGAGAAGAUGAAGAAAUAUGCUUCUGUUGUCCGUGUCAUUGCCCAUACCCAGAUUAAGAAGAUGAAGGGUUUGAAGCAGAAGAAGGCUCAUCUCAUGGAGAUUCAGGUCAAUGGUGGUACCAUUGCUGACAAGGUGGACUAUGGCUACAAGUUCUUUGAGAAGGAGGUCCCUGUUGAUGCUGUCUUCCAGAAGGAUGAGAUGAUUGACAUUAUUGGUGUGACCAAGGGUAAGGGUUAUGAGGGUGUGGUCACUCGUUGGGGUGUCACCCGCCUUCCUCGCAAGACCCACAGGGGUCUGCGCAAGGUUGCUUGUAUUGGUGCAUGGCAUCCGGCUAGGGUAUCCUACACUGUUGCCCGUGCUGGUCAGAAUGGAUACCACCACCGUACUGAGAUGAACAAGAAGGUUUACAAGAUUGGCAAGGCUGGACAAGAGACCCAUGAUGCCUCCACAGAGUUUGACAGGACUGAGAAGGACAUCACUCCAAUGGGUGGCUUCCCCCACUAUGGUAUAGUGAAGGGUGACUACCUGAUGAUCAAGGGCUGCUGCGUGGGUCCGAAGAAGAGGGUGGUGACCCUCCGCCAGUCCCUGCUUAAGCAGACUUCUCGGCUGGCCCUCGAGGAGAUCAAGCUCAAGUUCAUCGACACCUCAUCCAAGUUCGGGCACGGCCGCUUCCAGACCACCGAGGAGAAGCAGAGGCACUAUGGCAAGGUCAAGGCCUAAGCUUGUUCUGGUGCUGGUGCUGCGGUGCAGCGACAAGUCUCAUUUGUCAAAGCCAUCGACCUGUGAUACUCUUGUUACCUUGUCGGACUAAGUUUUGUAGUGGAUGUUUUGGGAACAUGUUCUGGCCUUCUAUAUGGAUUUGUGCUCUACUGCAGACCUGCAUUGUCUAUGUUUUUUGCGUUCUUUUGCUAGUUGAAUGAAUGCCUAAUCUUUGCAUGUAGAUUCUGAAACUGGGGGUGAUUGUCUAGCACUUUCAUUUGUUCGCUGUUCUAAGCUGCCUGCUGCUGGGAAUGUGGACCAUUAGUCAUAUUUCCUAGUAGUAUCUAAUGAUCAAAUGGCAUUUCGUGGA